AUGACUUUUAAAGAGGAGAUCUCCAGGCGAUUCAAAGCCAAACAGGAUCAGCUGGUUCUGAUCUUUGCCGGGAAGAUUCUGAAGGACAGCGAUACACUGAAUCAGCACGGGAUCAAAGAUGGACUAACAGUGCACCUGGUGAUCAAAACACCACAAAAGACUCAAGAUCCCUCCACAGUGGCAGCAGCUUCAUCUCCUCCUCCUCCUCCUGCCCCUCCUGCUACCACUACAACUGCUGCUGCUGCUGCUCCCUCCGUGGCUCCUGCUUCUCCUGCCACCCCAUCGCAGCCUUCCACAUCCAGCAAUGUGCUCUCAGAUGCCGGCAACAGCAGCCGAAGAAGCAGUGGGCUAGGGGCUGCUCCGGGCCCGACGGCGGAAGGGACACCUGGCGGCGCCACAUCCAUCUUGUCUGGCUUUGGGGGCAUCGCCGGGCUCGGCCACCUGGGGAUGGGCUCAGCCAACUUCAUGGAGCUCCAGCAGCAGAUGCAGCGGCAGCUGAUGUCCAACCCAGAGAUGCUGUCCCAGAUCAUGGAGAACCCCCUGGUCCAGAACAUGAUGUCCAACCCGGACUUCAUGCGGCAGAUGAUCAUGGCCAACCCCCAGAUGCAGCAGCUGAUGGAGCGCAACCCGGAGAUCAGCCACAUGCUGAACAACCCAGAGCUUAUGCGCCAGACUAUGGAGUUGGCACGCAACCCGGCCAUGAUGCAGGAGAUGAUGCGCAACCAGGACCGAGCUCUGAGCAACCUGGAGAGUAUCCCAGGAGGGUACAAUGCUUUACGCCGAAUGUACACGGACAUUCAGGAGCCCAUGUUCAGUGCUGCCAGGGAACAGUUUGGCAACAAUCCAUUUUCUGCUUUGGCUGGAAGCUCUGACACCUCAACCCCCCAGCCUCUGCGGACGGAGAACAGGGAGCCUUUACCAAACCCUUGGAGUCCCACAGGCGCUUCUCAAAGCCAGGCGCCCAACAGUGAAGGGAGCACCAGCUCUGUUGCUCCCCAGAGCACGCCCACUCUGUCCAACCCUCUGGGGAUCAAUGCAGCCAGCCUAGGAUCUGGGAUGUUUAAUAGCCCCGAGAUGCAAGGGCUCCUGCAGCAGAUCUCGGAGAACCCCCAGCUCAUGCAGAACGUGACCUCCGCCCCUUAUAUGCGUUCCAUGAUGCAGACGCUUGCCCAGAACCCCGACCUUGCAGCACAAAUGAUGGUGAAUGUUCCCCUCUUUGCCGGCAACCCUCCGCUUCAGGAGCAGCUACGGCUCCAGCUCCCCGCCUUCCUGCAGCAGAUGCAGAACCCCGAUUCUCUCUCGGUCAUGACCAACCCUCGCGCCAUGCAGGCCCUGCUGCAGAUCCAGCAAGGGCUCCAGACGCUGCAGACAGAGGCCCCGGGACUGGUGCCCAGCCUUGGGACGUUCGGGCCGCCUCGAGCCCCCCCGCCUUCUGCCGGAGGAAGCACAAUCCCCGAGACCCCCAUGCCCUCUGCUUCGACGCCUGCCAGUGCCUCCCCAGCCGGAGACAGCAACCCACACCAGCAGCUCAUGCAGCACAUGAUCCACCUCCUGGCCGGCGCAAACUCUCAAGCGCAGAGCCCGGAAGUGAGGUUCCAGCAGCAGCUCGAGCAGCUCAACGCCAUGGGCUUCAUCAACCGGGAGGCCAACCUGCAGGCGCUCAUCGCCACGGGCGGGGACAUCAACGCUGCCAUUGAGAGACUGCUGGGCUCGCAGCCUUCCUAACGCCGUGGGGCCCCUCCCAGUCUGCCCGAUCUCAUCUCCCGCACGGGGGCCUGUCCAGGAGACCACCAUGGCGGUGCCCCAAGUCCCGCGAUAGCUGUCCGCCGUGCGAUAAAAAAACGGAGGCCAAGCUUCGGCCCGGCGCGGCUGAGAGAUCCCUUUCCGAACUGCGUUGCACAUGGAUUCUGAUUCCCAUCGAGUGGCCAUUUUCACUUCUCUCCCCGCCCCCCCUUCUGUCUCCCCGGCAAUUAGGCUGUUUAGUUAGUAGAAGUGUUCACUUCUAGUUGACCCAAAUGAUUGUGUUGGAUUAGCUUGCUUUUAAAAUAAAAGCUGUCUUUCUCCUCCUGCCCCUCCUCCUCCUCCUCCUCCUCCUCACUGGAGACCAAGGCGAUACCAAUCCGAUUUCACUGACCCAAAGGCUAUCUUUUCUCACACAGAACAAUAAUUCAGGGGCAAGACUCUUAAACACUACUUGCGGAAACGGAGCCCGUUUUGCGAGACCCUCGGACACUCCCUUUCGGACCUCGGUUGCGUACCCCAACAUCGCGUUGGCGCUCGUGGGGUUUGAGCCUGGGGGAUUAUGGAGGGAGGGUUUGAGGAUGGAGGUUUGAGGUGUGUGUGGGGGUCUUCGAAGGCAGAGGGGAAGAUUUCCUGAAUUGAGGGUGUGGCGCUUGAAAUUAGACUGGGAUUGUGUUUUAUUGUCUACCUUAAAAGCCUCAUGAAUGUCGUUUACUUCUUGAUGCAUCUAGGAAGGAAAAUCAGCCUGUAACUUUAAACAAAGUUCCAGUUGUUCGUUGCUGGCUUGGAGCCUGCUUAUCACUUCCCUGUGUGCUCGGAAGCCUUCCUCCAGUGAUGCUAGAAGGCAGAAGGGGGGAAAAAAAAUUUGGCCUACUUUCUUUCCACUGCCUGUUGUGUGCGGCUUUUUAUCCAGGCGUGGUCUUGCGCCCCCCCCCCAGUCUACUUUUUGGGCACUCCUGCCCUAUAGAAGGCUGGGAGAUAAGGAAACCAUGGCCUCUGCCAUCACUUGCCACAGAUGCUGCAGGGUCCAACCUUAUCGCUUCUUCCGGCCAGAGGGUUUGAUGCUAUAGAACCUGCAGGGAGCGGGAGUUUUAAAGCGUAUGGACAAAGCAUGGGAGUGGGGAAACUCCACUGCUGUGGGAAGCUAUCGAUAGGUCUCCCGCCCCCUUUCAUUAACCUUUCCUCUUUUUUAGUUCAGAAUGUUAAAAGGAUCCUGCCUGCCCGCAACUGACUUAAGAAUCCCCUACGGCAGUGUAAUUCUCAUCUGAAAUUUACGUACUGUUUUUACCCAGGAAUAAAAUGCAGCCAUCUGU